UGUUGUCGCUCGUGCAUGGGUGACAGUGAUGCCGCGGCUCGUGUCUUGCCUGGAAAACACCAAAAACUCCCCAUUUAUAUCUGGGAUAUCAUGUGGCGUUGGAAACCCUUCGCAUGUAGGCGCCCGCAUACUGCUUUCCCUAAAUCUCAUCACUGCAUCCAUGAGAAAGAGACGAAGGAGCUAUCGGCCGUUGCGGUAACCGGCGCGAGGAGGCAAGCGAGACGAGUCGCGAUCGCCGAUGAGAGGGGUGGAGACGCGUCCAUGAGAACUGCCUUCGCCUCUCCCUCCAUCCCUUCUUCUUCUUAUUCUCCCGUCGUCAUGGUCAGAAGCAAGAAGUCCCAGCCCCAGAAGGGUCCUGAUCAAGCUCCUCCAAGGAUUACAUCAAAUGUUAAACAUAAUUUGCAGUUUCUAAGGUUAUGGAGGGUAAGCAUUUUAACUGUCACAUUUCUUGUUUACAAUCCAAUUGGAGGGGCAUCUCACAGCAGCGAUGGUCUCCAACUUCCCCUGUUGGUGUGGAUAUCCUUAGUACAUUGUUGUUUUUUCACACCAUCCAUAAACGGGUUAUUCAUGGGCGGGGAGUUUCAAAAGCAGAAAUCUAAUACGCCUAAGCCUGCUACUAGUUACCGCAAAAAGAAGGCAGUGAAAGAAGUGCUUCCAGAAGAUACAGAUUUCUAUAAGGACCCGACUACAAACCUUUAUUAUACAAACCAGGGCUUGGACACUGCCGUUCCAGUUCUGCUUGUUGAUGGGUACAAUGUCUGUGGCUACUGGGCAAAAUUAAAGAAGCAUUUCAUGAAGGGAAGGCUUGAUAUUGCUCGCCAAAAACUUAUUGAUGAGUUGAUGGAAUUCAGUGUGCUGAAAGAGGUAAAAGUUGUGGUGGUAUUUGAUGCUAGGAUGUCUGGACUCCCAAGUCACAAGGAAAGUUUUGCUGGGAUUGAUGUAAUUUUCUCAAGCAACACAUGUGCUGAUGCUUGGAUUGAAAAAGAGGUUGUAGCUUUGAGGGAGGAUGGCUGUCCAAAAGUUUGGGUUGUCACAUCUGAUGCAUGCCAGCAGCAAGCAGCAUAUGGAGCAGUGUUCUUCAUUUCAGUCUUUGAGAUUCCACUAAAAACUCAGAUUAUGCUUGGUGAUGCUGUUUGCUUUGCAUUUACAUUGUUAGGGUGCUUUUGUUUGGAGCUGCAAAGCAUUAGUGUCGGAGAUAAAAGCUUUGCAAAGGGAGUUUGAACAGCUGCUUAAUGAACAUAGGUCAACUUCCAUGCAAGGAAAACUGCUCCAGCAUAAUCUAGGCCCUGAAGUAGUUCAUGCACUCAAGGAUCUUAAGAAAAAGCUGUCUGAAGAAGAAUCCAUGUAAUUAACUUUCCCAGUGGGCUCCAUCGCAUACGAAGCUGGUUAAUACUGCCAAUAAUCACAUGCAAAUGCAAAUUGGAAGCUCAAACGUCAAGUGAUGGAUCAAUGACAGGGGGGAUGUAACUAAUGAGGGCCUGUUUCAAUAAUCCUGUUCAGGCUUCCAUUUAUUAAUCAGUAUUAGGAUAUUGGGAUGCUUUUGUUGAUUGUUUUCAGUUUCGGCAGAUUAAGAGCUUACAAGGCUGGGAAUGUGGCUCUUAAACCAUGAAUUUCUUUGGCUUUUCCAUUAUUUGUUGUUUGUAUUAUUGAACAAAGAAAGAAAGCAGUUUUCUUUUUUUUUCCUGUGGCGAAUA